AGGGUGGGCUCGCGGCGGCAGCAGGUGAGAGUGGAGCGGCGGCGGCGGCAGACGCGGAGCAGAGAAGUAGCGGAGCGGAGCGGAGCUAUGGGAAAGCUACAGGAAUUUGACAUCACUUUCGCCAACAACAAGGUGGUUUACGGUCCGGGGGAGUCCAUUAGCGGAACUGUGAAAAUCCGAACCGGCAGCCCUCUGCAGUACAAAGCCAUCAAGGUGAACUGUCUGGGCUCAUGCGGCAUCUCCAACAAAAUGAACGACUCCUCGUGGAGUCUGGAGGAGCACUACCUGAACAGCAUGCUGUCUGUGGCCGAUAAAGGAAUCCUGUCUCCAGGCGAGCACAGCUUCUCCUUCCAGUUCGUCCUUCCAGUCGCCAUCCCCACGUCGUUCGAAGGACCGUUCGGGAAGAUCACUUACCGCGUGAGAGCCGCCAUCGACACGCCGCGCUUCUCCAAGGACUACAAAGCCCAGCGGCCCUUCUACGUCCUCAACAUGCUCAACCUCAACGAGGUUCCCGACAUCGAACAGCAGAGCUGCGCCGUGACGACGAAGAAGUUCAGCUACCUGCUGGUGAGGACGGGGACGCUGAUGCUGAAGACCCGCAGCGACCUGCGGGGCUACGUCCCCGGCCAGGUCAUCAAGCUCUCCACGGAGAUACACAACAAGUCCGGGAAGGACACCGGAUACGUCCUGGCCAGCCUGGUGCAGAAAGUGACGUAUCGGACCAAGCGGCCGGUCUUCGACCUGCGGACCAUCGCGGAGGUGGAGGGAGCCGGAGUGAAGGCCGGGAAACACGCGGAGUGGAGGGAGCAGAUCAUCGUCCCUCCUCUUCCUCAGUCGGCGCUCACCGGCUGCCGCCUUAUUGACAUCGAUUAUUUCAUUCAGGUGUCUCUAAAGUCUCCAGAAGCGGUCGUCGUUCUGCCCAUCUUCAUCGGGAACAUCCCAGUGAACCUGUCCCCCGCCGGCUCCAUCCCCACCAGUCCCAGUCCCAGUUCGUCACUGGCUCCCAGCGCCAGCGGAGUGAUGCCCAGCGCCCCGCCGGUGGAGGACGACCCGGAUGGCGAGCUGGGCGCCGGAGGCUUCACCAGCGAGGAGAUCCCCACUAAGAGCCACUCGCAGCAGGACCCGUCGGUGCCGCCGGUCACCAUGUCGCCCAGCGCCUUUAGCCACGCCCCCGGCGCCGCGCUGCCGCCCGGCCGGCGCCCCGAUGCCACGGCGCCGCUCUUCUGCCUGUCCACCGGAGCCACCAUACCGUUCUUCACAGAGGGCGACGUGAACCCAAUCCCCACAUCCUGCUCACUCAUCCUGCCGCCAGAAUACAGCAGCUGUGACUAUCCUCAAGAACCGCCGCCGACGUACGAGGAAAGCUGCAGCAGUGUGAACUCUAGUUUUAACAGCGGACAGUAGAAGAAGAAGCGGACGGUGAAGCGUCAUGGCCGCCGCCUGGCUACUUUCCCCACCAUCUGGACAGAAACUUGCUGAAGGACGGCUCCGCCCUGCAGACGGUCCGUUUGGGCUGAAAAAGGGAUCGUUUCUUGUUUCUCUAAGAGUUUUGGUUUCCGCCUUGUCUCCCAGCCGGUAACAUCAGACCCAACAGGUGAACUUUGUGCCUAAAACGUAUUUUCAGAUCAAUAUUUAGGAUUUUCUGUGACGGACCUGUUUUUUUCUGGGAGGAGUGUGAAAUCAGUUUUUUAUUUCUGCAAGUUGUUGCAUCUGUGAUGCCUUUAGAGUAACUGUAGCACCCGGUUGCUUUCGGACCUUUCCGGCUGGCCCUUUUCUGCUGUCGUAACAAAUAUGAGCGGUUGGGUGUACGUCAGGGUCGUGUAUUCGGCCCCCAGAUGUUUUGCUCGUCAACAAAGCAGCAGCGGUGUGUUUGUAAUGUGCCAGUUCCUCUGCUGCAUCUGUCUGAGGAUGAUGCAGAAACCUCAGAACCCAACCAGAACUCUUUCUGAAGGAUAUUUUAGUGAUUUUAUUUUAAAAGAAACUCAGUUUUCUUGCUGUUUCCAAGCUGUCAGAAUUUCUUGUCGUUUUUUUAGGUCUGGAUAAGUUUGUCUGACUUUGUGAAUGUUUUCCUUUGGUAUUUGGCUGCUUUUUCAAACUAUUCCUGCCUUCUUGCUCAGCAUAUUGCGAGUCGGUUCCUUAAAGAAAAUGCCUGAUUGAUUGAUUGAUUGAUCCAAAUCAAUCGGCUUAGCAAAUAUUCUCCUGGAAAAGUUCACAAACUGCUCUGUGUAACGGAAAAACAAUCAAUACAGCGAUUGAUCGAGACCAGUUAGAAAGAUAACAGGUUUGACUUGGUUUAUUAGUUUAACUGAAUGUUUUUAAACGUUGUCUUUUGCUCCAUACUGCCACCUUGUGUUGGUUUUAUUUUUUAUUCAAAAGGGGAAAAAAAUCAAUAUUGCCAGAAUAAAGUACUGUGAGAAUUGCCAUAAUAUUAUGAGAGUAAAUAAUACAAUAAAAAGUUGUAAUGUGAAAAAACUCAAUGUUAUGAGACAAAGUUGUAAUAUAAAAGAAUAAAAAGUUUUAAUAAUAAACUCAUAUUUCCAGAAUAAAAAUGUUGCAAGAUGAAAAUAAACUCAUGUUUUGAGAACAGCCAUAAUAUUACAAGAAUAGUCGUAAUUAUGAUAAACUCAUAUUACUAGAUAAAAUAUUAAUAUUAGUAGAAGAAAGUAGUAAUUUUAUGAUGACAGAUUAAAUAUCUAAUAUUAAAAUGUUAGCUACCUUGUGAAAUUAUCCUGGUUUUACAAAUUGAACAUAUUUUAUCUUACAACACAUCAGCAUCAAACUGUUACCAGCAGCAAGACUUUGAAACGACACAAACUAGACAAUCUUUUUUCCUCAUUAAAAAAAAACUUUUUCUUAAUUUAAAGAUUUUCUUCUGGUAAAAUUGUGUCUUUGCUAAUAUUCUGACUUUUUUCUUGUAAUUAAAAAAAAAAAAAAAAUCUUAGUCCAGCCCUAAUACUCCACUUUAAUCUGUAAUAAUUUAGGUUGAAAAUCCCACUGCGCCCCCCGGUGGUCAGUUUAGGCUUUACCUCAACUCGCCGUUUAAAUCCUGAGUUUUAAAUUUUCGGUCCGAAACGAGUCCAAGGAUGUUUUCUGUUGCCUUAACGCUCAUGUAGUCUGUAGACGACAAGGUAAAUAAAUGUGCACGAAAAAGCACUUUCUGACUCUUUGUGUGUGUGUGUGUGUGUGUGUGUGUGUGUGUGUGUGUGUGAGAGGUGUUUGGAUUUAAGAUAUAAAAACUUAAUGCCACACUGAUUUUUUACUUAAUUUCUGUGUUAAGCAGCUUUUCCCUCAACACCUGAGUUUGUAAAUCUUUUAUGUCGUCAUUUAAUGUUUUUGUUUUUCUUUUGCACAUUAAAAAUAUUUUAUUUCGUGUGGCUCAGAAGAGGGAGAAGGAAGUGAACUGAUUGUUUAUUUGUGAGUUUUAGAGAAAAUCUCUUUAUUUAUGUUGAAUGUUGAUGUUUUCUACCACUUUGCUGUCAAUCUGGGUCCCUUCACACUCCUGUUACCACGUUAAAACAAGCUUGACAUCUUAUUUUUCAAGAUAACGAUGUUGGAAAUUAGCAUGUCGCUAAAUUUGAUGUAUUUUUAAAGAUUUAUUAGUUCAAUAUUGUAACAAAAAUGGGUUUAAGUUUCCUUGCCUUAAGAUGAAGCCUGAGGUUUUUUCAGUAAAGUGAGAUGCAGAAAAAGGAGCGGGACAUAUUAUCUUAAGAUAAUGAGAUAUUGAAGCAGUAUUUGCAACAAAGAACUCAUAUUUUAAUAUAAUGACCUCAUCAAACUGUUGUAAUGUCACAUCUUAAAAAUAACCACUCAAUAAAAACGAGAUUACCGUCAUAGGAUUAUCUCUAAAAAUAAAUUAGAUUAUUGUCGUUGAAUCUUGAAAUAAUGAAACAACAAACCUUUUAUUUUCAGAUCUCAUUAUCUCAAUAUAGUAAGAAAUAAGAUUUCCCAGUUUUGGAGCUUUUAUUGCUUUAGAAACUCUGAUCUGAAGCACUAACCUCACAUAAAACAUCCACACUUAAAAUGCAUGUAAAAGCGUUGAAAAUGUGAAGGAACCCUGUUGAAAACGUUCGCCCUUCCCCUAAAUGUGAGAAUCUAAAGCACAACUACUGUUCGGAUUGAUUUUCUGAGUAUUUUCUCACUUUUUAAAGCAAUCAACGUCAGACGAAAUCAUCGGGUUUAGAUCUGUCAUAAUGUAAUUAUAUGAAAGUAUCUGUAAUAAUGUGACUGCAUGCCUUAAACCGUCUGGGUUUUACUCAACAUGAGCCACUUCUGUUUGUUUUCUAACAAAGAAAUCUCUACUGGCCUGCACUCUGUGUAGCUCAUAAAGCAGCGAGACACUGGACCUUUUAUUUGUUUGCUUUCUGAUUUUAGAAAACAAAUGUGACAUCCUCUUAUUUCCACAUGUGUUGCCUUUCAGACCUGCUUCUGUUUAUUUCAACAAAAGGUACUAUAGCUUUAUGAAAACCUGCUGUUUAUGGGGUUUUUUUCCUUUUACAUGUAAACGAGUGGCGUCUAGUUUUGUAUUUUUCUACUUGUAAAUUGUUUACAGGUGCAGUUUGAACAUACUGAGAAAAGCACCUUCACCAGUUCAUGUAACGUUUCCAGUGCAGAAUCAGGGUUGUACUGUACAAAAUAAUAAUAAAAAUAAAAAUCACAUGAUGUGUU